AUGCGUGUCGUUGAGAGCACUUUUGAGUUCGAGAAGACCUUGAGAAAAUGCUCUGAAUCGGAAAAAAUCUUGGUAGUUGACUUCUAUGCUGACUGGUGUAGACCUUGUUGUCGUAUCGCCCCGCAAUUUGAGGCUCUCUCAAUUGAGUUUCAACAGAGAAAUUUUGUCUUUGUAAAAGUGAAUACGGAACGUUGCUUAGAACUUUCCCGGAAAGAAGGGAUUUCAGCUCUGCCAACUUUCAAACUGUAUCAUGAUGAAAAGUGCAUUGAAACAAUCGUUGGUAGCAAUGUUGGUCGGUUACGACACAUUUUGAAUGAGUUCUCUCUGCAUAACUCUAUAAUACAGCUGAAACUCAAUAAAAAUCAUUUCGAAAGAUUGCGUGCAUAUGGGUGUUUGCACAAGAUUUGCGACAAAAUUCUAAGUCAUCCUCAAGAAGAUAAGUUUCGCCACAUUAGUUUGGAUAGCUCUGAUUUUAUGGAAACACUCCUAGUUGUUCCUGGAUGUAUGGACUUCCUAUUUUCUGCAGGCUUUCAGGAGGCUGACAAUGCUUUUGUCUUACCAGCUACUUUCGAUGUCGGUCGUCUGAAGGAGCUAUUUAUUCAGUUAAGGUCUUGUUUGCCGGUUAGUUCUGUGAAAGUAAAUCAAGACAGUCUCGAACUGAGAAGCUCUGACUUAAGUUUUGUCAAUCGAUUGCUUGAGUAUCGUUCUUUUGUUGUAAACUAUAUGGAUUUCGAAUUACAGACUCGGGCGCGUGAACUGAUUCCCACUGAACAUCUUCUUUUAUCCGCCUCUCAAAAUAAUAGUUGUUCUGUAGAUAAUGUGGAACCCAGAGAUUUUCUUCGAGAGUUAUUAAUUUGGUUUAAGAGUGAAUUCUUUAAAUGGGCUGAUGACUUUGCAUGUAAAACAUGUGGUAGCAAAAUGGUCGCAUGUUCAAACGAUCAGCCUCGACUGGAUGAAAUGAAUGAUGGUGGUGCAAACGUAGUAGAGAUUUAUCAGUGUAAAACAAAUAGAACCCAUCCAUCAUAUCGUUUUCCUCGUUAUAACAAUCCUAGAAAAUUACUUGAAACUCGUCUAGGACGAUGUGGUGAAUGGGCAAAUUGUUUUACAUUGUUUCUUGUUUCUGCUGAACGUCACACUAAUCAACCUUGGUUUGAUGCAUGUCGACUUGUUAUGGAUUGGACAGAUCAUGUUUGGUGUGAAGUGUGGUUAAAGGAUAAACAUAGUGAUAAAAAACUUUGGGUUCACUGUGAUCCAUGUGAAGUACAAUUGGACAAACCUUUAUUGUAUGAAUCUGGAUGGAAUAAAAAAAUUAAUUAUAUUAUGGCUUACACUGUACCACCUCGAUCAUUAUAUCAGAAAUUGGAUAACACUACUAAAUCAGUAGCUGUGGAUAUCCAAGAUGUGACAUGGCGUUAUACACAGAAGUUUUCAGAAGUUCAAUCCCGUCGAAAUAUGAUUAGGGAAUCCGUAUUGGCGUAUAGAUUAGCGGACAUUCACACUGAUGCUGUCAAAAACUGGUCACUUAACAACAAUCCGGCCGAUAUUGACCAAAAACCAUACUGUUGGGAUUCAAUUAUUGAUGAAUUGGUGAGUUUCCUUCAUCCUUCAAAGUGUAAUGAUCAACUUCCGGGUCGUCAAACUGGAUCGUUGGAAUGGCGUCAAGCUCGUGGUGAACUGGGUCAGACUUCUCUGUCUGUUGAACCACUUCUUAAAGGAUCAAAGUGUAUUAUUACCCCGUCUAAUGCGGAACUUCAAAGUGGGAUAUUUCACUUACGUUAUAAUUCAGCUUUAAAUAUUUACCAACGUCCUUAUUAUUCUAAUAGUAAUAGUAUUAAUGCAAAAACGGAUACUGAUGUAUUAGAUUAUCAAUGUUCUACAAAUUCACCAAAAGCGAUUAAUAAAGAGUCAACCAAAUUGAUUGAAAAUGCUCGGAAAACCGGUUUAUAUGGAUGGCAGUCUAUGGUCUAUCAGUGGAGAAAUAUUUUUCGAAAGGUGGAACUUGAUUGGCACAUGGUUUAUUUAGCGCGUGAAGAGGACAGUAAACCUUCAGAAGAUGGAAUAAUUAUCUGGAUGCUUGAUUUAAGAAAUACUAAUUAUCGUGUCGGUAAAGUUUCUAUAUUUACCAAUAUGGUAUGUCAUUCAACUGAAUGUCAUGCUCGUUUGGUACUUUGUUCCGGUGAAUAUCCGGCAAAUAAUAGUUGUAGUGGCCCAGAUGAAAAUAAAAACCCACCAUCUGUGCCUAACUCAUGUUUAUGUCUUCAACCAGGUUCUGCUUCAUUAUUCAAUUCAGAAGCUAUUAGUGGAGCUGAUUUUUUGACUUUAAAAGCUCGUCUAUGGAAUGAUGAUGAAUCUACUGGGAAGCCAUCUUCCGUGGCUUGGCAGCAAGCCCAACUAUUUCGGCAAAAGGAUAGUGAUUUUGAUACUUGGUCAUUGGAAUGGAAAGUUGAAUUGGUGAAAAUUAAUGAAACAGUUAAUUAA